GAAUAAAACCUCGAGAUAACGGAAGUGAUGGCAACAUUCUGUGUGGAAAACAGGAGUAGAGGAGUCAGAGGCUUUUGGUGGCUUGCCAUUUGUUGUCCUUAUUCUUGCUGUCACGUGGAGAGAUCGAGUCAAACCGACUUCCAUCAUUUGCUGUAUCGUCACUUUUUAAAACAUUUGCAACAUGUUGACCAAAAUCCUCACCGGUCAGCUAACAUUUACAUCACUCAAACCACUGGACCUGUCCAGAUGUACCAAGCAGCAGCUUCAAGACUACUUUAUAAACACCUACGAUUUGUAUGAGAGUCUGUUCACAUCACUUAAAGAUGAAACGGCCUUCUACAAGUGUCCUGAUCGACUGCGCCUCCCUUUGAUUUUUUACUUCGCUCAUACCGCCGCUGUCUAUGUCAACAAGUUGAUGCUGGCUGGAAUGUUGAAGGAGAGAAUAAAUCUGGAGUUUGAGACCAUGUUUGAGACAGGAGUGGACGAAAUGUCUUGGGAUGACACAGAGAACUACCGUAUGGGUGGGUCAUACAAGUGGCCAUCUGUCGAUGAUGUUGUUGCUUACCGGUGCAGUGUUCGCAACAUGAUUCUCAAGGUCAUCGAGGACACACCAUUGGAUCUGCCUGUUACCAUGGAGAGUUCAUGGUGGGCUCUUGUAAUGGGAAUGGAGCAUGAAAGGAUCCAUCUUGAAACGUCCUCUGUUCUCAUUCGUCAGCUUCCAGUUGACAUGGUAACCAAGCCAGAUGGAUGGGUUUAUGGCCCAAUCAAGUGUGGUGAACCUGUGAAAGACAACCCUUUAGUGAAGGUCAACGGUCAGGAGGUGACACUUGGCAAGCCAGACAGUUUUCCUUCUUAUGGGUGGGACAAUGAGUAUGGAGAACUGAAAUGCUUUGUUCCACCCUUUGAGGCCUCCAAAUACCCAGUGACGAAUCAUCAGUUUCUCAAGUUUGUUGAAGAUGGUGGCUACUUGAAGAAGGAAUUCUGGUCCAAGGAAGGUUGGCAAUGGCUGCAAUACAGACGGGCAAAGCAUCCAACUUUCUGGAUAUGUUCUGAAGGUUGCAAGUCAGGUUGUGGAUCCGAUCUUUCCACAUAUUCUCAUUGCCAGCUUCCUUCCCAAGACACGGUGAUAACAGAAAAACAUGAAGAAUCUGGAUUCCAAAAUGGCAGCUCCAGCCAGACAAAAUACAUGUACCGAGCAAUGUUUGAUGUUAUUGCCCUGCCCAUGAACUGGCCGGUAGAAUGCAAUUACCAUGAAGCCAAGGCGUUCUGCUGCUGGCUGGGAGCAGACUACCGACUGCCGGGAGAGGCAGAGCACCAUGCGAUGAGAGGUCUUCAGGAUUCAGAAAGACUAGAAACUAGCAGUGACAUCAUCUAUAACGACAAGAUUGAAGCCAACUUGAACUUCCAAUAUGGCUCCUCUACUCCUGUUAACAUGUACCCAGCAACAGAGGCUGGUUUUUGCGACGUGUUCGGCAACAUCUGGGAGUGGGUAGAAGAUCACUUCAAUGGGCUGCCUGGUUUCAGAUCUAACAAGUUUUACGACGAUUUCUCAUCCCCCUGCUUCGACGGACAACACAAUAUUAUUCUGGGAGGAUCUUGGAUUUCAACAGGUGAUGAAGCUUCACGUUUUGCCCGAUUUGCAUUCAGACGUCACUUUUUCCAGCACAGUGGAUUCCGUGUGGCUCGAAGUCUUGCGGAGAACGAACCCACCAAGCUACCCAUCAGGCUUAUCAGUUCAGAAGUUUUUGUUGUUGGCUUUGGAGUCCAGGAUGUGCCAGAGUUCAUAGAUGAGAACAAGCGUGACCUGAUUCGAGUUCCGUCAACCAACACACAGUUUGCCUACGACAUGCGUGCGGUGUUGGAGGGGAUCCUCGAUCUGGAGUUUGGAUAUCGGGACGGGUUUGCUGAUGUAGUUGCUAAUUUAUGCAACUCCUACACCCGGUUCUUCAAGACUGGCACCUCGUCUGUGGUACACCUUGGAUCAGGAACUGGACGAGCAGCCUUUGAACUGAGCAAAGUUUUCAAUAAAGUUUUGGGUGUGGAGUAUAGUGGACGAUUCGUCAACACUGCACUCAAGAUUCAGAAAAAACACGGUCUUUCAUUUGUUUGUGAUGAUGGAGAAUCAAGGGAGAUUACUCUGGAUGAAAGCUACAAUCCAGAGAGCAUCGAUUUUAAACAGCUGACUUGGAUUCCGAAUGAAGUCGGUUCCCAUGACCUGACACUAAUCACCAACAUGAGUCGACUUCUGAAUCCUACAGCUUGGCUUUUGCGAUUGUGGGAAAUCACACAGCCUGAUGGGAUUGCAGUUGUUGCCAGUGACAACUGCAUUUGGGAUUAUCAGAAACUACAACCUAUUCUGAGCAAGAAACUCAAGUGCGUGAGCACUCAAGAAGUUCCAUUCGGGGGACCAGCUGGUGAGAACGUUGCCAUGGUUACAGUCUGGAAACGGAUCUAAGACAAAUACACCCAUUUACAGUGUAGAAUCAAGACUUUUUACGCAUUUUACAAUACACAAUAUGUUUAAUCAGUACUGGUGGUGUACGGUAUUUUUAUGUUUAUCAUAGUCCCUAUUUUACAUUGUUACGACAAACUGUAGUGUGCACGAGUGGAUUGUUUGUGGCAAGUUAAUGUAUUUUUAUGACCUAGAUUAAUGACUGCAUCUACAUGAUAUUGAGAGCAGCAUGACAUGGGAACAAAAUUAAUUAUGUAGUUGACCUAUUCUAUGUUUAUAUAUAAUAAAAAAUAUAUUACUGUUAUAUGCAGUUUUAAUGCAUUAUUAGAAAAUGCAGUAUGUGAAAAUUACACUUAAUGUUUUACAUUUAUGUGCAAUUUUAAUGUUUUAUUAGAAUACAAAUUAUGUGAAUAUUGCACUCGAUAUACAACUGUUACGUGCAGUUUCAUUGGGUUGUGAGAACACAAGUUGUGUGAAUAUUACACUCAAUAUUAAACUGUUAUGUGCAGUUUUAUUGUGUUUGUAGUAUAUGGUUUAUGAACAUCAGACUUAAAGUCACAGACCCUAGUUUCAACCUGUGAAAAUGGACACUAACACAUUUGGAUAAAGUUAUGAUACAGUGAAAUAAGAGUGUGGCGUUGAAACAGGGAAAUACCCUUUAAAAAAAUAAACUCAUCUUCGUAACCAUUUACUUCUCAGAAGUACAUGUUUUUUUCUUAAAUAUGAAAUACACACCAAUAAAAUGUAAGUAAUGUUUGAUUUCAAUAAUCAAAAAAUGGCUCUAAUAGUGAACAAUUUGCCGUAUUGUUUAAAAACUAAGGUUUGUCGCUUUAAUGUAUUACUGUUGUGUUGUAAUGUACAGUAAGCCAUACUGCCAAAGCUUGUUUUUGAAAAAUGUCAAUAACUGUAGCAAACUUUUACAGUUCAUUAUCGCAUGAUAAUAUAUAAUGUAAUAAGUUGUGUGGAAUCAAAUGGUGUGGGGAAAUAUUUAAUAUAGAUGAAAUAAUCCGGCAUAUUGUCGGUGUUUAAUUGCCAAGUCUUUUGUGAUUCUCUAAUGCCAAUAUUGCUAUAGUUGUAUGUACGUUUUGUAUCGUUUAUUUUUUAAAUCUACAUAUUGUUUUUAUUUGUGGACCAUGUGGUGUCAAAUGGCUGUGUAGAAAUAUUAAAAAUUUGUUAAAAGUGGUUAGCUUUUUUACAGUUUCAUGAAAUCAAAAGAAAAGAAAAGAAAUCUUUGGUGAUUCAUCUAAAGUUGCUAGUAGAACUGAAUUAUUAGGUUUUUGUUUUUAAAAACCUGUAUUUUCUACACCUCUUGCAAUAUUUAUAUUAAAGUGUUAACACAUUACACAA